CUACCAACAAAGUUACAUGAUUCAUGAUUAAAGAAAUUAAAAAAAAUACACAAUUCAAGUUCUCAACGCGUUUAGUAAUCCACGCGUGAUCAACACCGGCGGCGGCAGUGUUCCACGCUAUACAAGGCGUGGUGGAUGGUUGAUAACGGGGCGCCCGGUCCCCCUUAGUAUGAUGAUGUUGUGUUGAAACUUGAAAGCACGAUGACAAAUGAAAUCUUUGAUUAAAAGCUCAAAACCAACUGCAAGCUUCUUCUUGACAAUGGUCUUACCUGAGGAUACUAAAGCAUAUGAGAUCAUGGCCGAAUUAAGGGUGAUUUUAGUGGAUGCCAACAGGGCUCACCUGGAGCGAGGGAAAGCACAAGUGGCCGGGAAUAAACUGACAGUUGGGGAAAGCUUGGUACAGAUCCAGAGCUGUUUUGAAAAUCUAAAUGUGCAGGUACAGCAAAGGGCAGAAAAUGCCUGUCUCGUUAUUUUAAAGUUGCACCAGGUGGAUGAAUUACUAACAAGGCUGCCUGCAUCAGAAAGGGCUAAGAUUCAACCGUGUUUUGAUAGUCUGCGUGCUGAGGCUUUCAUUGCCAUUGGUAAAUUAGCAGAGGAUGUAACGAUCCUGGCUGAUGAGAACCAAAUCCGCAUUCAUCAACUUACUGCACCAUUGCCUGCAUCAGAAAGAGCUAUGAUUCAGCCGUGUUUUGAUAUUCUGCGUGCUGAGGCUUUCAUUGCCAUUCGUAAAUUAGCGGAGGAUGUAACGAUCCUGGCUGAUGAGAACCAAAUCCGCAUUCAUCAACUUACUGCAACAUUGAAGCCGUCUUCGUAGCAAAUUAAUUGUAUAAAUUAUUAGAUGGAUUAUCGUU